AGUUGACAUUAUUCUAAUGUGUCAAAAGUGUUUAACAUUUAAAAAUUAUUAACUUCCGGCAAUUAAUUUACAAUAUUUAUUUUCUGGACUAAUUGCUGUCUAUUUAUAGUAUCAUUCGCAUAGUGUGAUUAUCUAUUUUAAAGUUGAACUUGUUUACACUUGUUUUUGCUCUUUUGUCAAUCCAGUGGUGGUCAACAUCAUAUUUUUUUAAUUGUGCAAUUAAAAUCAGCAUAACAGGAAUUAUCGAAAAAGUAUAACUUUGCAAUUUAAGAGAACUUGUAGGUUUCCACUCUAUAUAUUUGAUCUUGGUGUGCAAGGUAACACACAAGUUAGCAGUUUGAUGGUGGACGACAAGGAAGGAGAAAGAAAAUUAUUGUGCAGCAAGUAGUCAUUCGCUAAAAAGUGUAGUCUGUGAUUAGUUCAGGUCAGCUGUUGUGUAUUUAAAUAAAAACAUAAGUGUUAAAAUAUUAUUUCGUGGUGUAAACGAAUGUUGGAUUAUAUGAAACGAAAUGAUUAAAGAAUUGUGGUAAAAUAAGUGAAUUUUAUUGAAGAAUGCUCAAAGAAGUUGAAAGCGGAGCAGGAGGUUGCAAUGGUGUCACCUCUAGACCUCGACGAUUUUUUCCAAGGUUUUCAUUGCGUAGAUUAUUAUAUUCAAGUCCUUUAAUUGGUCGCCGAAUUUCAAGAGUGACUAAUUCCAGUAUCAGAAAUACCAAAGCAAAAGAUCCUGUUAAUAGAGCAAUAGAUGUCGAAAAAGGAGAAGCAAGAGUUAGUAAUGGAUCAUCUCAUUUUCAGUCACAUAAUUCUGAUCUUCAAAGAGCUUCCAGUAAAGGCUCCGUCCUGUCAACUGCAGGAAAGAGUAACGAAAAUGGAGAAUUAGAAUGUCCUCUUUGCUUGGCUGAAUUGCCAAGUGAAUUAUUUCCUACAAUUCAAACUUGCCAUCAUCGAAGUUGUUAUGAUUGUUUUCAACAAUAUCUUAAAGUUGAAAUUUCUGAAUCGAGAGUCAAUAUCGCGUGUCCUGAAUGUUCCGAGCCUUUACAUCCUAAUGAUAUCAGGAUGAUUUUGAAUGAUCAAGUUCAAUUAGAAAAAUAUGAAGAUUUUAUGGUUCGAAGAGUACUUGCUGUUGAACCAGAUGCAAGGUGGUGUCCUGCUCCUGAUUGUUUUUUCGCUGUAAUAGCAAGUGGCUGUGCUUCUUGUCCUAAAUUACGUUGCGAAAGGCCAGGUUGCGAUUCAUAUUUUUGCUAUCAUUGUAAAGCACGAUGGCAUCCAAAUCAAACGUGUGACGCUGCGAGAGCUCAAAGAUUCCAACACUAUGAACGAAGUUCGUCGUUAAGUUUCAGCCAAAGUGAUUCACAACACAGAGAUGAUAUUAAACCUUGUCCAAGAUGUCAAGUUCUUAUUGUUAAAAUGGAUGAUGGCAGUUGCAAUCAUAUGACUUGCGCUGUAUGUACAGCUGAAUUUUGCUGGCUUUGUAUGAAAGAAAUCAGUGAUCUUCAUUAUUUGAGUCCAUCAGGCUGUACAUUUUGGGGUAAGAAACCUUGGUCGAGAAAGAAGAAGAUUUUAUGGCAAUUAGGCACGUUAGUUGGAGCACCAGUUGGAAUAGGUCUUGUGGCAGGUAUAGCUGUUCCUGCAAUGAUAAUAGGUAUACCAGUAUGGGUCGGUAGAAAAUUGUAUACCAGAUAUGAAAAAGCUAAUAAACAUAAAAGGAAUGCCUUCAUUGUGGGCGGAGUGACUGCAUCGGUAUUAGUUGCUCCUGUGUUGGCUGGUUUAGCGGUGGGAAUUGGAGUUCCGAUUUUAUUGUUCUACGUUUAUGGUGUAGUUCCCGUGUCAUUGUGUCGUAGCGGAGGAUGCGGAGUAUCGACAAAUGGUUCAGGUGUUAGGUUCGAGUUUGACGAUGAAAACGAAUUAAUGGGUGCACUUGGAGGUCGAAAUGUUGGAGAUGCAGCAUCAAUUGGUGUUGUAAGUCAUCGUGGUGGUAAUCCAUCAAUAGGUGAAGCUUCACUUUCAUUGGGAAGUGGAAGUCAAUUAGAAAAGUUGGGUCGCGAAAAUGAUCGUGAAAGCGCGAGUAAUGUUGCUCUUGCAGGAACAAGCAUAGCCGGAAGUAUAGCAUCGAGUGUUCUUCCAGGAGGUCAAAGUAGACUGGAAGUUCAAGCUGAUGUUACAUCAACGCAAAGAUUUAGCUUGUGCAGUGAAACUGCAUCAGCUACUACGAGUCUAUCGGAAAAAUCCGUCAAUGCUUCAAUUGCUUUGGAUGAUGGAGCAGCAUCAACAAGAGCAUUAGCCGGUUCGGUGUUAAAUUUUAAGAUUGAAGGUAGUUCUAUUACAAGUGGUCCAAGUAUGGAGGGAGAACAAACAUCAAAUAGUGCAACAACAGCUACUGUUACUGAAGCGAAUGUUGAUACAGCCGGUCAAGCAGCUUCUCUCAGUUCAUUAGAAGAAAUAACACCUGGUUUAGCGAAACGUUCUCGCCGAAGGCCCACUUUGGAUCGACAACACAGCGAAUCCAACAGUUGGACUGUUUGUGAAGAAGAUGGUGGCUCUGAACGUGUUCGAUUUGAUCAUCAUGUGAGUUUCAUUGAAGCUGAUCAGGAAGCUAGUAGUAGUAAUAGCUCAACAAAUGUCACAAGAGGUCCUGCACGACGCAAAAGAAAUAAAGAAAUCGAUCAAGAUCAGGAUUCACAGAAAACAACGAGACUCAACACGUAAAAAAUACUGUAAGUAAUAAAAUAUAUAUAUAUAUAUACAUACAUAUAAAUAUAUUUUUUUUAAAAAAAGAAAAACGCACACAAGUCCAUCCAUCGAUAAAUUUUUGCGUCUUAUUACAAAAUUUAAUGACGCAUCAAGGAGAUUUGUGCGAUACAUUUUUUUUUCAAAUUCCAGUAAAUGUAUUUUAUGCUAGAUGAUCAAUUUAGAAAAAAAAAAAAGAUUUAAUAUUUCGUUGACGUCAGAAAUAUGAGUUAAUUUUUUUAAUCUUUAAAGACUGGAAGUAACAAAAAAAAAAAAAAUGAUUACUUAAUCGAUUGAUAUUUUGUGAUUCGACUUUAUUUUUUGUAUGAAAAAAAAAAUUUAUUAGAAUUGAUUUAAAUCGAUAAGAUAUCGCAAAAUCUUUAUUAUACUGUUAAUCUUUGAAAAUUUUUCUUCCAUUAGUCAACGAUAUCUGUUAUUAUCAGAAAAACGUUGUCAGUGAUUAUAAAAAAGAAAAAACAAAAAAACAAGCCAAUGUUAGCGUGCUUAUAAUAAUGAGUUACACGUCACUGCUAUGAUGCAUACGAGUAUUUGUAUAUGUACUGUGCGAAAUCAAAGACUGAGCGUGUUUGAAACAGUUUAAUGAAGCAGAUGUUGAAAUGAAAGGACAGUUUUAGAUGCUUAAGUAAAGUUUAUAUAUACGAAAUGUAUACGCAUGUAUGCACAUUUGUACAGUUACGUAUAUGUAUCAACACAUAUAACAUUUAAAUGUAUACUUUAUAACGUGUACAUGUCCAAUUAUACAAAAAUUGUUCAUACAUUUACGAAAAAAAAAGAAGAUACGUUAAUUACGUUAAACUGCUUCAAAAAAAAAAAAAAAAAAAAAAAAAUUGGGAUACACCAUUAAAAAAAAAAAAAAGUAAUUAUAAGCUGUAAAUUCAAAUUGCAUUGAAUUUAAUUUAAAAAUUUAUUUUGCAGCACUUAACUUCUUUUUAAAAAUUCAAAAAGAAAAGUAAAAAAAAUAUUUGUGUAUUAAUAGAAUAUAUUAGUGCUGCAUUCAUGGUGUAUCAACGAAUGUAUAUCUUUUACAAUAAGCGAGAAAGUAAUAAAGGUAAUAUUGAUAAAUGUAAUAAUUAUAAUUAGGGCUUCGGCAAAAAAAAAGUAUAUGUGUAAGUAGUGUAUAAUACGCAUCUUUAUAUUUUUUGUCUAAUAAGAGGACAAUGUCAUAAAAUUUUCUUUUGUUUUCAAUUUUGGAUAACAAAAAAAAGUUAUGCAUGCACUGUAUCUGCAAAGUAUAUUUUCAAAAAAAAAAAAAAAAAAUUAACAUGCAGGGACUGUGAGUAUCAAAAAAUUGACUCGGCUUAUGUUUUUUACUUCAUAACAUGCUGCAAUUUACAGUAUCAAAUCACAAUCUCAUGAAAUAUUUAUUAGAAAUUUAAUUAUAUGAUGACUUAGUA